AUGGCUUUCAAAUUCGUCCUUCUUGCUACCUUGUUAGCUACCGUCAGCGCAGGACUGAUCCCAGAACAUGGAUAUGCUUCAUCCCAUCAAAGCAUCCAGCAUCACGCUCCAGUCUAUCACCAUGCUGCACCAGUCCAUGCAGUGCACGCCGCUCCAGUACAUCACGUAGCUGCCAUACAUGCCGCUCCAGUACACCACGUGGCUGCUAUUCACGCUGCUCCAGUGCAUCACACCAUUGUUAAGGAAGUUGAGCAGCACGCCCCAGCUAAUUACGAAUUCUCCUAUUCCGUUCACGACGAACAUACCGGAGAUAUCAAAAGCCAACAUGAAACCCGGCAUGGAGAUGAAGUGCAUGGCCAGUACAGCUUGCUGGAUGCCGAUGGCCAUCAUCGUGUUGUUGACUAUCAUGCCGACCAUCACUCCGGAUUCAACGCCGUAGUCCGUCGGGAACCGGCCAAUGUUAAAAUUGCGCAGCCGGUGCACAAGGUCAUCGCUCAGCCAGUCCAUGCUAUCCAUGCUCCUUUGGGCCACGCCACCAUUUCUCAUCAUGCUGCACCGAUUGCCCAUCUGUCACACCAUGCUGCUCCAAUCGUGCACAGUGCCCACCAUGUUGCACCGGUCUCGCAUGCCACCAUCUCUCAUGUUGCCCCGCUCGCUUAUCACCACUCGGCUCCCAGUCAUUUAAGCCAUCAUUACUAG